AUGAGUCAAAUAUUUUAAGAAACCUUUAUUAUUACUUUUUAUGAUUUAGAUUUACCUUAACAUUAGUCAAUUAAAACAUACAAAAUUAAUAAGAAUACAACACUUUAAGAUUGUAAGACAUGGAUUUAAAGCAAACUUGAUGACAAUUAUGAAGUUUAUUUUUUUCUUGAAAAUAAUAAACGUUAUACUGGAAACUUAAAUGAAAAUGUAUUCAAUAUUUUAAAAAUAAUGAGUAAAAGAUAGAUUCCUUUUAAAAAAGUAUUGUCAUAUCCCAGAAAGUAUUAUAAUAUUUAUUUAAUAAUAAUAGGUAAUUAUAGCCCUAAACUUAAUAGAAUGAUCUUUAAUAAUAAAUUAAUGAGAAUAUAAGAGUAAAACAAGAAAAGGAACAAUUAGAGUUACAAAAUUCUCAAAUGAUUAAAGAAAUUUAAGAUUUAAAGUAUAAAUUAUUUCUAAUUAUAGAAAAGAAUUAUAAAAUUAAGAAAAAUAAAUACGAGAUUUAUAGAUUAAAAUAUAAAAUUUAACAAAAGAACAUUUGUAAUUUAAACAUAUUAAAUUAGUAAUGAAAAAAUGAAAAUGAAUUAAUUAAUAUAAUAAUUGUAAUUAGAGAAUUUAAAUAAGACUGACCAAUUGAACUAAAUAAGCAUGUAAUUUUAAUUAAUAAUUUAGGUAUUCUAAUUAAACUAAUUAAACUAAUAAAAUUAAUAAAGAAAAUUAAUAAUUAAAGAAUGAAAAUUAGAAUUUGCUUACAAAAAUAACUCAACUAUAAUAAAUUUAAGAUGAUAGUAAAUCUUAAAUUUUUAAACUAAAUGACUUAAAAGAAGAUUUAUAAAAUCAAACAAAUUAAUUUAAGUAAAAAUUAUAAAACUAUUUUAGAAUUUAAUUAAAUAGUAGUGAAGAAUAAAAAAGAUUGUUAUUGAUAACUAUAGAGAGCAUAAAAAAUCAAAAUAAUUAAUUGUAAGUAUAUUAAAAAUAAAUCAAAGAUGUUUCGACUAGCAUGACUGCAUUUCGUAAAUAAAUUUUAAUCAAAUCCAAGAGCUGUUAAUAGAUGCGUUGAUUAAAAAAAAAAAAGUUUAAUAUUAAUCCUAAUAAAAAUAAUUAAUGCCCCUUAAUAAAUUAAAAGUAUUUAAUACUAUAUUACAAAACUAUUUAUUAAUCAUUUAUCAAAAACAACUAUCUGAACUAAUUAGAACUUUAAGAAAUGCUUCUUUGCCUAUAUUUUAAUGUAGUUUAGUUAAUUGCAAUUUUGUAUUUAUUUCAAGAGAUGGCAAUCAAAGCUGCUAAGUUGAUAAUCAUUAUUUUUGUCCAAUCUGUGAAAUUAGUUGCAACUUUAAAAGAUUAUGA